AUGUUCAGCAGGCUUGCCGUCGUGUGCGUUUUCGCGUUGGCUGUUGUGGCUCAAGCCGGGCAUGAGAAACACCAUUCUCAUCGCCAUAAGAAUGGGACACUCACGCACAACCCCUUCCCCGUUUAUGACCACAAGCCUUCAGGCCAUCACGGGCCUUCUGGCUCUGCCGGUUACCCUGCUGAGGCAGGAAUCAGCAGCGGUGUUGCUCCUUAUCCUACAGGUACCGGCGGGUCGUCUCCUCUCAGCACUGGCGCCUCUCCUCGUCUCCUCACCACUGGCGCAGUGCCCACCUAUACGACCACUGUGAUAGUGACCAAACUGACUACCUACUGCCCUGGGCCCACCAGCCUCACGCAGAACGGCAAGACGUACAUUGUCACCAAGGAAACGACCCUCACCAUUAAUGACUGUCCCUGCACGUCCACCUAUACGACCACUGGCUUUCCCACUCCAACUCAAUCUGGAGACACCACCUUAACCUACGUUAUCGGCACAGGUUCAUCGACCACUACCGUAGUCACCACCAUCCACCACACGUCUUACAAGACCAACUACAACACUGUGUACACGUCCGCAGGUCAACCUGGCGAGGGCGGUGAGAGUGGUGCGAGUGGCCCUCCCGUAGGUUACCAAACGGUCCGCAACACAAUACAGUCCACCAUUUACGUCUCUGCUGUGCCUACUGCUGGUAGCGGGCCUGGCGGCCCUGGUGAGGGAGGCGCUACUGGUUCGGCCUGUGUAGCUCCUGUCACUGUCACCGUCACUGGGCCUGAGGAAACCGUCACUGUGACUGCUACUUCUACUCCUGGCUCCGGCCCAUUCCCAUCUUCUGUAGUUGUUGGAUCGCCGGCCCCCUCCGCUCCGGUUUCAUCCAGUGUCCCCUACGGCAUGAACAACGGUACUCAGCCCACAGGAACUGGCGCGUCCACUGGCUUCCUAACGAAACCCUCCGCCAGCUUCACUCUCAAACCCUCUUCAGGCAUUGCGCCUCCUUCCGGUGUCACUUCCGCCUCUACCGUACCCUCCUCAGGCAUCGCGCCGUCUUCUAGUGUCGCGACCCCCUCUGCUACAGCACCCUCCUCAAGCAGCACCGUUUGGCCGGCGGUGAUGGCUACGGCAGAAGUGCACGCCUACAAUUGA